UGGGCUUCAGGUCCCUCUUCUGUGCUCAGCUCUGGUCACCGGCCUGCCUCGGACUCCGGGACCGGGGACUGCACCAACCUCUUCUCCCAGCAAGGGGGCUCCAGAGACUGCGCAACCAGGAAGUCUGGUGGCCUGGAGCUUUGAAAGCAAGCACAAGAGAAGGGAGCUGAAAGCCCAAAGAAACCCAAUUUUGGAAGAGUGUAACUUGGGUCAUCUCUGCAGGACAGUGCCUUGGUAAUGUCCAGGGCUCUAGGAAGACAUGUCCUUGUGGCUGGAGGCAUCUGGGCCUGUUGUUUCUCCUGACUCGGCAGUGGAACUGUGGGAGCCAGACACCCAAGAUGCAAGCAGCCAGGCCCAAGGAGGCAGCACCUUCCUUAGAGAGGAUUCCAGGAUGCCUCCAUCUGCUGGGGGCCCUUUGGGCCUGCGGCUGGAAGCAGCAGAGCCCACUGCCCUGCUUACAGAGCCCACAGAGCUCCGUCCACAAAAACGGAAAAAGGGGCCAGCCCCCAAAAUGCUGGGGAAUGAGCUGUGCAGUGUGUGCGGGGACAAGGCCUCUGGCUUCCACUACAACGUGCUGAGCUGUGAGGGCUGCAAAGGAUUCUUCCGCCGCAGUGUCAUCAAAGGAGCUCGCUAUGUCUGCCACAGUGGCGGCCAUUGCCCCAUGGACACCUACAUGCGUCGCAAGUGCCAGGAGUGUCGGCUUCGCAAAUGCCGCCAGGCGGGCAUGCGAGAAGAGUGUGUUCUGUCAGAGGAACAGAUCCGUCUAAAGAAACUGAAGCGACAAGAAGAGGAACAGGCUCAGGCCACAUCUGUACCCCCAAGAGCUUCCUCACCUCCCCAAGUCCUGCCGCAGCUCAGCCCCGAGCAGCUGGGCAUGAUUGAGAAGCUGGUGGCCGCCCAGCAACAGUGUAACAGGCGCUCCUUUUCUGACCGACUUCGAGUCACGCCGUGGCCCAUGGCACCAGAUCCCCAGAGCCGGGAAGCACGUCAGCAGCGCUUUGCCCACUUCACAGAGCUGGCCAUCGUUUCCGUGCAGGAGAUUGUUGAUUUUGCCAAACAGCUCCCUGGCUUCCUUCAGCUCAGCCGGGAGGACCAAAUCGCUUUGCUGAAGACCUCUGCAAUUGAGGUGAUGCUUCUAGAGACAUCUCGGAGGUACAACCCUGGCAGUGAGAGUAUCACCUUUCUCAAGGAUUUCAGUUAUAACCGGGAAGACUUUGCCAAAGCAGGACUACAGGUGGAGUUCAUCAAUCCCAUCUUUGAUUUCUCCAGAGCCAUGAAUGAGCUUCAACUCAAUGAUGCAGAGUUUGCUUUGCUCAUUGCCAUCAGCAUCUUCUCUGCAGACCGGCCCAACGUGCAGGACCAGCUCCAAGUAGAGAGGCUGCAACACACAUAUGUGGAGGCCCUGCAUGCCUACGUCUCCAUCCACCACCCCCAUGACCGAUUAAUGUUCCCACGGAUGCUAAUGAAAUUGGUGAGCCUCCGGACACUGAGCAGCGUCCACUCAGAGCAAGUGUUUGCGCUCCGCCUGCAGGACAAAAAGCUCCCCCCGCUUCUCUCAGAGAUCUGGGAUGUGCACGAGUGACUCUUCUUUCCCUCUGUGUUCUGGGCUGCGUGGCUGGAGGACCCCUAACUGCCUCCAUGGGGUGGGACAGACUGAGAAGGGCAAAUAGUCCUGGGAGCUAGGUGAAAGAGCUUCUCAGUGGCUUUGGAGAGUGUGUGUGUGUGUGUGUGUGUGUGUGUGUGUGUGUGUGUGUGAGUGAGGGGGGGAAGGUUGUUAAAAUGAUGUUUCAUCUGAUGACAGUAUUAACCCAGUCAAGUGGAUGAACCAUGGGCCACUUUGCAUAAGGUUCUCCAGCGCCCUGCCCAUUCUGCCUUCACCACUUCCUGUUUUUUUCCCCCAAGGGGGACCUCAAAAGAUAUUCUCCACUGUCAUUCUGCAGCUUGGCCAUAAACGCCUCGGGGCUGGUACUUGAAACAGGAAGACCGAGAUAAAUACAGAGAGAAAAGAAUUUCUGCAUUAAGGCUGAGGACAUGGCUAUAGAGGAGGAAGCCUGUGUCCUGUAGGAUCCGCCUCCAGACUCAGUCAAGGCUGUCAGUAAGAGGGAGCCUCAUUUCACAGUUCCACGGCGCAGUCUUGAUAAAAAACAAAUGCUGAGGCUUAGCCCUAACUUCUCCCCGGAUGAUGGGAUAGGUGGGAGCGGGUGGUCCUUCUCUGGGCAAGAAGGGGUUGGAACUUCAGAGCUCAGCUGUGCACCUCACACACGUGAAUAAUGUCUGCGUUUUUCCGUUGGCGGAUGAAAGAGGACACACAACCUGCAAGACCUAGGACCAGAAAAAUCCCUCCUCCCGGUCCCCAGACCCUGCAGGACCAGAAGCCCCGGAAGGGCAGCGGUGGAGUGGGGACGGGAGGGGGGGGAAGUUGCCCUGAGCCGCGGAGCUCUUAAGAGACUUGGACUCCAUUUCCCAGUGGGCACCGCGGCACCGCUCACGCCCUCCCCUCCCCCGUGGUGCGCUCCGGUGUAGGUGAUAACGCAGUCCCCGCCCCCAACCCCGCCACCCAAAAUUGGUAGGCUCCGUCGGCCGGGUAUUCGGCUCUCCAGUCCCGGCGGGCGAGCCCUGCCAAACAGCGCGCGCAGGGGGGGGGGGGGGGAAUGGAGCCAGGUGAGCUUUGACGAGGUGGAUAUAAAGUGCUCGGGGGCAGUUUAAUCCAAUUUCAGAUUAAAAGGUAUUUCGUUAAAACGGAUCUGUGAUCAUGGCCAAUUAAAAUCUCUCUGAGCAACCGAAA